CUUGAUGGCAUCAGCCAUACUUUUCGGUUGGUGCAGGUCUCACCUCCGUCAUUCAUGUCUACGCGUGUAUUCCGUGGACACAUAGCAUGUCGUCGCGCCCUGUUCUUUCGCAGAUAUGCGACAGAGUCUCGUGCCUUCGCUCAAAAGCCGUCCGCGUUCGGCCAACCACUCUUCGAAUCCCAUCCGCACCUAGUACAGAGAAAUGAAUUAACACCUGGAUUCACCGCCGAAGAGUAUGAAACGCGUCGCAGAAAGCUGAUGGAUGGUCUACCGGAGUCCAGCAUCGUAGUCUGCGUCGGAGGCACCAUCAAGUAUAUGAGCGGGAUGAUCUUCUAUAAAUUCCGUCAAGCUUCCGACUUUCGGUAUCUCACUGGAUUCGAUGAACCUGACUCGGCGGUGGUUCUCGAAAAGACCUCGCGUUCUCCAAAGGGAUACAGGAUGACGCUAUUCUCGGCGGGGAGAGAUCCUGCGAAGGAGAAGUGGGAUGGUGCCCGGACGACUUUCGAAGAUUCCAAGGCGUUGUUUGACGCCGAUGAUGCUCUCUCUAUCGAGAAGUUUGCCGACCACCUGAAACCUCUCAUCUUGCGGUAUUCCAAUGUUUUCGCCGACCUCCCCAGUACUGGUCGGAAGGCUAUGAGCGCAAGAUCUCUCUUGCAGUAUCUUACGCCGUCUAUUGCCCCUCGAAACUCCUCGGAUGAUGUCAUCGAUGCGUUGAGAUCCUCCAAGCCGAAACCCUUGGCACCCAAGAUUGCCCGGUUGAGAGCUAUCAAGAGUAAAGCGGAGCUGGACGUGAUGCAACGGGCAGCUGAGAUAAGUGGUCGUGCGCAUGCUAAGACGAUGCGGUUUACUCGACCUGGCAUGUCUGAGGGAGCUCUCGCUGCUCACUUUGAGUACAUCUGUGCGCUUGCAGGGUCCGAACGACCUGCUUAUGUUCCGGUUGUGGCAUCCGGAGCGAACGCGUUGAUCAUCCACUACACGUCAAAUAACCAUCUCAUUGACGAGAACGAUAUGCUCUUGAUUGAUGCUGCUUGUGAAUACGAUGGUUAUGCGUCCGAUAUCACACGCUCAUUUCCUGCUUCUGGAACGUUCAGUCCUCCGCAGCGAGACCUGUAUACUGCGGUUCUAACGGUACAAAAAGCUCUUGUCAAACUCUGCACGGAGUCGUCCGGCAUGAGCAUGCACGACAUACACAACAGGACAUGCUCAUUGCUUGCCGACGAGUUGAAGCAGAUUGGGAUCAGUCCGCCAGCCAGAGAACUAGAACAGGUCUUGUUCCCUCACUAUGUUUCGCAUCCUAUCGGGCUAGAUUUGCACGAAUCGGCCCACUUCGAUCGAUUCGGUGGACUCAAAGAAGGAAUGGUCAUCACCAUCGAACCUGGAAUCUACAUUCCGCCUUCUUCGGCAUACCCCAGUCACUUCCACAACAUUGGAAUUCGGAUAGAAGAUGAAGUCGUGGUCGGAAAGGAGCAUUCCACCGUUCUCACGGCCGCUGCGCCGAAGGAGAUUGAAGAUGUCGAAGGCGCUUGUCAGGGUCUCCUGGGAUUUGAAGCUUAUUGACCGGCAUGGUCGGCAGCCGACUGAUCUCUGGACGGGCAAAGUACGAGAAUGCUCAAUGUUUGUCUAUCCAAAAGCCCGCGUUCUGAGAUCGCAUGGGUGAUUCUCAAGUAUCCAUCCGUCUAUAAGGCAGAAUACUUCUGCCAUUCCCCAUCUCAUGCAUACAUAAUUCCAAGUUAAAUCUUCCCCCCAAUUCUAAGCGCGGUGAUGCACGUUUCGAUCGCUGCAUCUGAUGUUGCUACACGUGAUCGAGAAAUUUCUUCACUCCCAAAAAGUACUACCUGGUACUACCCAUCCGAGUUCUGCUUCGCGCAGGCGCCCGUCUCUCCUUCACAUAAUCUUUGUGCUCGUCGCCAUCAUGCUCGUUCUAUACGAGACCGCGAUGGGCUACUGCCUCUUCAAAGUCGGCGAUGCCUCAAAACUUGAGAGUGAUGAUCUGUACAAGGAGUUCGAGACACCGGAAAAGGCCACAAAACUUCUCAAAUUGAAGGCGAUACAUCGAUUCCACUCAACCGCUACUGCCGUCGAGGAUGUCACUGCGCUGCAAAAUGGGAAACUUGGGAAAGGGCUGAAGGGGUUCCUCACAGAGGAGGUGGUGAAUAAGGGGAAGAACAAGGACUCGCUGCUUGUGAUUGACCCGCAACUAUCACGGUCAAUAGCUAAAAAACUGAGCAUCAAUGUUAGUGCUCUGGAGGGGAAGAAUGAGGACCUGUGGCGAGGAAUCAGGUCACAAUUGUCUGCUCUAUUGAAUGGCAUCGACCCCAAGGACUUGGCGACGAUGAGUCUCGGUCUCAGUCACUCGCUCUCCCGGUUCAAGCUCAAAUUCUCGCCGGACAAAGUAGACACCAUGGUCGUACAAGCCAUCGCACUGCUGGACGAUCUGGACAAGGAAAUCAACAUCUAUGCUAUGCGAGUCAAGGAAUGGUAUGGCUGGCAUUUCCCGGAGAUGGCCAAAAUUAUUGUCGAUAACAUCGCAUAUGCCAAGGUUAUCAAGCUGAUGGGCUUCCGCACUAAUGCAGCCACCACAUCCUUUGCUGCCGUUCUCCCCGAAGAUCUCGAAGCCGUGCUGAAAGCCGCCGCCGAAAUCUCUAUGGGCACGGAAAUAUCCGAUUCUGACAUUGCCCAUAUCCACUCCCUCUGUGAUCAAGUCAUCUCCAUUUCUGCAUACCGCACCCAGCUGGCAGAAUAUUUGCGCAACCGGAUGAAUGCCAUCGCACCGAACUUGACGGCACUGGUCGGCGAAUUGGUCGGCGCACGGUUGAUCAGCCAUGCCGGAAGCUUGCUCAGCUUGGCCAAGCACCCCGCCAGCACAGUACAGAUCCUCGGAGCUGAGAAAGCUCUCUUCCGGGCCCUCAAAACAAAGCAUGACACGCCGAAAUACGGACUCAUCUACCAUGCUUCAUUAAUUGGUCAAGCACCACCCAAACUCAAGGGCAAGAUGGCCCGUAUGGUUGCGACCAAGGCAGCACUCUCAAUCCGUGUAGACGCAUUGACAGACUCGGAUGGCAAGUCAGACACCGCUGCAUCUGCCAUCGGUAUUGCGAACCGGGCGAAGCUCGAGUCGCGGCUGCGGGCUCUCGAAUACCAGUCGGAAGAGGGCGGUGUGCGCCGAUUCGCUGACGCAGGCGCCAAGAAGCAGGCGCGGUUCUCGAUGUCUGGCGAAGCCAAGACGUAUAACACCAGUGCCGACUUGGUGCCGACACAGCGUGAAGACCCUAUGGAGAUCGCGGUCAAGGUCGUCCAGGACGUCAAGGAGGAAAAGAGGCGGGCCAAGGAGGAGCGCCGAGCCAGCAAGAAGGCGAAAAAGGAGGACAAGGAGGGCGACGAUGACUCCAUGGACGUCGAUGGUGAGGAGUCAAAGAAGGAGAAGAAGAGGAAACGACGAGAGAGCGAAGCUGCAAAUGGGGAUGUGGAGAUGAAAUCAGCAGAGACGGAGGAGGAACGGAAAGCUCGCAAGGCAGCUCGCAAGGCCGAGAAAGCUGCCGCAGCAGGGGCCAAUGGUGACGACUCUCCGAAAAAGAAGAAGAAGAAGAAGUCUGAGGCAUAGUCGUGUAUCUGUUGUGUCUGUUGUCUAUCUACGCGUAUUCCAUUUUUGUUUCUCUCAGUCCGUCCUGGGGUCAAGCUGUCCCAGGCUGUCCCCUUCAUUAUGAUGACGAGCGCGUAUCGUACGAGAUGCAACCAGACACCUCAUUCCUUCUACCACCAUGGCCCAGCCUGUCAUCAUUGUAACCGGCGCCAACGGGUCAGAGUCCCUGCUCUCCAGUGCUUGACCACAACAUUGAAGGAAAUAUUGUAGCGGUGUGGGAUACGGCAUUUGCCAGCGGUUACUCGGACAACUCUGCCUCCCUCAUCCACCUGACGCCCAACCUCAGUCAUGGGCGAGCAACAACGUCGAGCCGACGCUAGCAGGUCCACCUUUCGAUGGCCUCACGCUCAUCAUGGCCUGCCGCAGCACCAAACGCGGGGAGACGGCGCGUCAACAGCUUCUUGACGAGCUGGACGCGUCCAUCGCGUCCCUACGCUCCAAACCCAAAUACGACGGACGCGCCGAGGCAUUCCGACGCAACGUCACAAUCGAAAUCGAGCAGGUGGACCUGGCUGAUCUGCGCACCGUAUUCGCGUUCGUACAACGCGUUUCGAAACGGUACGCUGUGAAGCUUGGCGCACACGCAUUCGUGCUCACCCUCCAGACACGCUUACAUCUCGCACCUCAUAUUCAACGCCGGCAUGGCCAGCUUCAAGGCAAUAGACUGGAUCGGAUGCGUCAAGCAGCUAUGCACCGACUUCAUCGGCGCGGUCACCCGGCCGAACUUCUACACCCAGCACGUCGGAGAGGUCAGCGUGGAUGGAUACGGGCUUGUCUGGCAGAGCAAUCUGUUCGGGCAUUAUGUGAUGGUGCGUGCACCGGCUGCACCUCGCGCGCGAACUCUAACAAAGCCACCCAGUUCCGUGGCCUGGAACCUCUGCUGCAAAGCGCGAGCUACCCGGCAGCGUCCCGCGUCAUCUGGUCGUCCUCAUUGGAGGCAUCACCGCUCUUCUACAAUCCAGCCGACUGGCAGCUGGUCAAGACGGACCGCUCGUACAAGAGCGUGAAAUACCAAAUCGACCUCAUCUCGACCCUGUUCGACUACCGCGCACUCGCAACCUCGCCUCCGCCGAAACAAGUCCGUCAUUUCGUCACACAGCCUGGAGUCGCCGCGACGAAUAUCAGCGAGGCUCUGGUCGCAACCGGGAGCCUUCUCGACCGACUGAAAUUCUUUUUCUUCUUCCUUGGUCGAUUCGGGACACGUCAUCUGCCGAUAACUGCUCUGAAUGCGGCGAUCGCUGUGGUGCAUGUCACUCUGGUAUCUCUGUCGUUCAUCACUUUCACAGACGAGCCUGUCCGGUUUGGCGCAGAAACCGAUUGCUGGGGCAAUCCCGAAGUCGGCUUGACCCCGGUAGCAGCUUGGGAGGAGCACAAGACCCUGGCAGAAUCUCUCGUAGAGACGUUUGAUCAAGUCUAUCGCACAGAAUCCAUAAAGCAUCAGCCAUCUUGAAGUCACAUUUCGAAUGCAAUUUAUUUUGUGGUACUGUACGAUUGAUUACAAGACUUGUAUCUACAAGCAUGCGGAUAGUUG